UUUAAAAGAUCCCAAUUACAGUUAUGAGAAAAGUUAGCAGUGGCCCUCACAUUCUUCAUACUUCCCCACAAAAGAGAAAAUAAAAAAUCAUUUAAAACUCACCUCGUUUCCAACGUUCUCUUCUCCAACCUUUCCACGUUUCUCCUAAUGAUAACAGACCAUAUAUCAUGUGUUUGUUAACGGUGCUGAUCUGUCUUUGCAUGGUAUCCAUAGUUAUUAUCUUUGUUUCCAUCCUUCCAUACACUCUACAAAGCUUGCUUCAUUUAUUGAAUUCUCAUAACCACAAUGGCGUCCUUUUGGAGAGAGGUCAUCCUCACCAGCUACCCUGACAAGCCCAUCACAGCGCAUGACCCUCUCACCGGCACCAUGCUUGCCCACUUCUCCGGCAGCCACUCCCCUCGCAAAGGGCUCACCCUCGCUGGCAACACACUGAUUGCUGCCUCGCACAUUUCAGCCACUGCUGCAGGCUUCAUCAAACUCUACAACUGGUGGUCCUCCACUGCUCUCUACUGCAUCCAGGCCCCUGAACCAGUUGCUCCCCUUGCUGCCACUCCAGAUGGCUCCUACCUUUUCUCUGGAGGCCUCUCUGGCUGCAUCCAUGCCUUCUCUCUUCCCUCCGGUGAUCUGUGCCGCUCGUUUCAGGCACACCACCAGCCUGUGUCAUGUCUCAUCGUCAAUGAUGAUGGCUCUCUACUAAUAUCGGGUGGCGAUGAUGGUACCAUAGCAAUUUUCCCAAUCCUUCGACUUCUAGAUGAUGCCUCUAAUGAGGAUGAUCCUGCCCAACUUGCAUUGAGCCAAUUCUCUGCGCAUGAUUUGCCGGUGACAUGCAUUGUUGCAGGGCCAGGUGGAUGCAAUGCAACUGUAGUUUCAAGCUCACUUGAUUGCACUUUUAAGCUUUGGAGCCUGGCAGAUGGUGUCAAGCUAAGAACUGUGCAAUUCCCAUGUGCAAUUUGGUGUGUUGCUGCGGAUCCUAGUAGUUCUGAGGUCUAUGCUGGUGGAUCAGAUGGGAGGAUAUAUGUUGUACCACUAAAAGUAGGAGGAAGAAAGCUGCGACAUACUGGAGCAGAGGUAACAGCAUGGGAAGCAGAGCAGAAUGGGGCAGUGAUGGCAGUGGCAAUGGCAAACGGGCAUCAGAACUUGGUAUCAGCUUCAGAAGAUGGGAUCAUAAAAAUUUGGGACAUGGAGAGCAGAUCAGUGGUUCGGAUUAUUGGACGUGAGGGGGGCGCCCUUAGCGAUCUUAUAGUGGUGAAAGGGAUCAAUGUGAACAAUGGAGCUCGAAGGGGAGAUGAAGUUCUUCCAUCCAAUGGGCGGUUUUGUGAGAGGGAGAUGGGUAGAAAUGUUAACGAGCUCAGAGAGAUGGAUGAAUGCUUGAGUGUAGCAGUGAAGGACAGGAGGAGGGCCAUUGACAAGCUUGAGGCUGUGAUAGACAUCUACAAGAGGCUCCUGGGGCUCCUUCUCAAAGAAGCUAAGAGAGAAAAUGGUAAAGAGGAAGCCAACAAGAUGGAUUACUUUAUGUAAUGAUAUAUCAGAAUAUUGUGCUUGGCAUAUGUGAGCUAAUAUAGUAUGAUUUGAGAUGGCCAUCAAGGUUUGACCA